AUGUAUGCUGUAUUACGUAUGGUUAAAUUCUUAUGGAGAUGGAGUCAACUCUAUUUGACUUUGAUGAUCCUUUUGGCGGAAAGAGUGAUUCGCUCGAUUAUCUCAGUGGUUUUGAGUGUCAUUCCGUUCUCCUCUUAUUUGGAAUCGUUGGCAACUCUUCAGAAGAGUAGUGAUAGCUACACCGAGUACGAGAAGGACUUGGAGAGAGACGCAAUUGAAAUGAUCACCAGUCGUGGUUAUCCAGUGGAGGAGCAUUUCGUUACUACUCCCGAUGGUUUCGUGCUCGGUCUGCACAGAAUCACCGGACCAAGAGCAUUCACCUCGCCACUCGACAGUCCACCAACAUCGCCACGCGAUCUCGGUGUCUCGGGCGGUGAACUCUUUGCACCCACUGGAAAACCGGCUGUCUUGAUCAUGCACGGAUUCAUGCAAACCUCUGAAGCAUGGCUGUGCCGUUCCAACCCAAACAACAGUCUGCCAUUCAUCCUGGCCGACGCCGGAUUCGACGUCUGGCUCGGAAACAAUCGUGGCAACAAAUAUUCGUUCAAACACACCACCUACACACCGGAUCAAGAGAAAUUCUGGAAUUGGUCGUUGGAUGAGCUGGUUCGUUACGACUUGCCGAGCAUGGUCAAUUUCAUCACCAAUCGCACCAAACUUCAAUCGAUCUCCUACAUCGGUUUCUCGCAGGGAACCGCUCAGGGUUGGGCAGCUCUCAGCACCAACACCGACCUGGCUGCAAAGAUCAACUUGUUCGUAGCACUGGCACCGGUCAGCACUGUCAAGGGAUUCAGCAAUCCCAUGAUCGACUCGCUUGCCAGAUCACGUCCAGACUUUAUCUUUUUGUUGUUUGGCAAGAAGUCGAUGUUGCCAUCGACCAUCUUCUGGAGAAACUUGCUACCCAAGCAGUUCUUUGUGUCGAUGAUCGACGCCUCUGUCCGUUUCCUCUUUGGAUGGUCCACCAUCAAUUUGGGUGAAGACGAGAAGGCGAUGCUCUACAGCCACAUCUUCUCGUACACCAGUGUCAAGUCGGUGGUUCACUGGUUCCAGAUCAUCCAGACCAAUCGUUUCCAGAUGUUCGAUGACAUGCUCCUCGGAAUCACACCAAACGAAAGCUCAAAUCAGCCACACAGAUAUCACGGACGUGUCAUUCCCGCUUACCAUCCAGGUCAGAUCCUCACCAAAUGCGCAUUGUUCUAUGGUGGUGCCGACACAUUGCCAAACACCAAAGCACUGCUCAGUCACCUACCAAGAGACAAAGUGGUGAUGGUCCACGAAGAGGAAUCAUACGAACAUCUCGACUUUAUGUGGGGCAAAGAUGCAAACAAAAAGAUUUUCUCAAAGAUUGUUCACCUCUUGAAAUCUACAAACAAAACAAAUAUAGAAUCAGAUUAUGAUGAAUAA